AUGCCGUCUAAUGAUCGUCUCAGGCGCCACAAGCGAAGAAAUGCAUCUGGCCGUGCCAAAACCAGCACCGAGAGGCAGCUAGCACCGGUAGACCACAUGGAGGAAUCACAGAUCUUGGAGAUCUCGCCGACUCAGCUAACAGAAAUUGACUUGAAGCCGCAGGUGGCCAUGAAGCAAGCCUGUGAUUCCGGAUCUACUCACAUCCCUCGGGAUGCUCCAACAUCUGGCGAUCAUCGAAAUGCUGAGCGUCUCGCUUUGCCGGAAGCUAAAGGCCAAAACAAAGACGCCCCAAAGCCUAAAGACGACGAGAUCAAGAAGGGAGUAAGCCAAGGCUAUCUGAUGGCUGAGGACGGGCCUUGGAACACUGUGUCUCUCUCGUCCGACGAGGACAGUGGAUGGGUCAGAAUCCACCGGGAUGACUACGAGGCGGAAUGGCAUGCGGAAACACCAACUAACAUUGCUAUGCAUAUGAGAAUCGACGAGCAAAAGUUGAGCGGAUAG